GCAAGCCCAGGUGACUCGACACGAUGCACUCAACACACAGACGGGACCGCGCCAUCGUAGACAGCGGCACCCACCCACAACGCUCCGCUCCGAGUUGCUACUUGCUCGGCUGUCGACCCUCCACUCCCCUAUCUUUCCCUCUCUCCCCAAGUGUCACAAGUCUGGGCAUCCCUUUGAACGGAUGAAUCCACCCGUGACGCGGCAAGAUCUACGCUGUCCUCGUCGUUCAAUGCGAACCUCCACGGUCCGAAGCCCGCAAUGCAACUCUCUCCAGAGAGCUCCGGCAGGCACUUGUCAUGUUCACCACCAAACGUUGCCCAAGAGUCUCGACUCAGUUGUCCCUCGACUCUUGUUUCUUGAAUCAGCCUCCUCAUCAAACACGUGUACAUCAUACUCGUCGAUACACUUUGGCGCAAUGGCUUUAUUGUGGCACUCAAGGAGCCAUACUGACUUAACCUUCUGUCAAUAUCAGCCUAGACAUGUCGUCAACGAACGCUUCAACUCCCCUGCCGCCACUGCCCCAAAUCUUUGGGGCAGCCUUACUCGAUCUGUACGGAGUACGUACAGACCACCACUUCUCGCAUCCGAUGUCAAGCUUGCCUACCACCUACCUAAGCUAGUUUCAAGCUCGGCCAUCCUCUCCACUCAUCGACCCCUUUGCACGUAUAUGUCGGCCACUUCCAAGUUCUCACUGGCACUGCAGCAUCAGCCUCCUUGUGUAAUGCCAUCUGCGUACACGCCCUUACUACGGAUAGUGGGCCCUUAUCACGGCAAGGCGGUCCCGGCGCCCCUGCGAUCCAGCAAAAUAAGCCCGACGCUGAAGCCAUGUCUGUUGGUCUCCUCUGGCGCAGGCCUCUCCGUUCCUUGGGAACAGAUGCUCCAUCUCUUCUGCUGGCCCCGCUGUCCCAUCUGUCCCAUCGCCUGGAGACGAUCAAGAACUCGGCGGAAAAUUCUGACCGAGACAAGCCUUGGAAAGCUUGGCAUACAGAGGUUAACAUAUACGGGCCUGUGACAACGGAUGGAAACCCGCAACCUUACCGAGACCCCAGAGUCUAAGUGCCCCGUCACCCAAGUUGCAACUCCAGGUCCGCGAAUCUGUCUACCUAGCCGAGAGUCCUUGAACCUCAUCCUUGGGGCGGGCAGUAUGCCAAGGCAUUGGAGAGGCUCAGCCUCAUUGUCAAAUCCGACUAUGGUGCGGUUCUUCGGACUCCUCACACCACAAAGCACGGCACCCCCUGGCAUCUUGCCUGUCAGU